AUGGACAAACGAAGAAACGAUGCUUGCCACAAGCUAACGGCAGCUUUGAGCAGUGAGGGUGAUGCGUUAUCGCGUGCAUUCAAAAAGCAUUUCCAGAAGUUUGGAUCGAUUGCUAAUCUCCCCACAGGCUGGUCGUUUGGCAAGUUAGUUGGUGCAGAGCGGCUGUUUUUCCAAGCGGCGUGCUCAAGAUGGUAUGAGGCGCAUGUGACAGAGGGGAAUUUCGAUUCUAGCAUGGACGGCGACACAUCUCGAUUGUUCUCAUCCUUGAGCCUGCAUGAACAACUUUCAAUCAUCGCUGGACUUCUACGAGGUCUAUUGCUUGAGGCUGAGCCUCUGCCGCCAGAACGGCCUGAGUACUAUGCCGGCUUUGUGGCAAUGUACCAGAUGGUCCUUUACACAGAGAUUGCAUGCGAGGAAGACAUGCAGAGAUGCGAGAUCUACAGGGAGCAGAAGACAGAGCUUUUGAAGGAGCAUACUGGGCGAGGGCACGCUGAUUUCCAUGCAUGGUGUGCGGUCUCUGCGGACGCU